AUGGCUGCCAUUCGAAACUUCCCCGAUCUCAAGGAUCUUACACCGGAAAAACUCGAAGUGUUUGCCAACAAUAAUUUCAGCAAGCCGCUCAGCCCUGGAACACUUCUUAGUUCUCUUAACAUGACUGGCAAGUCCCCAUUCGUUAUCCGUUAUCCGCUGUCAAAUAAUAUAAUCGUCGCGCACAUCAGCUUUCAUAGGUCUUCGUUCGACACUAUGGUUCUUCAUACCACUGGUGCCUGUCUGGUGGAUGAUAUUAAAUCGACAAAUCAAAACCGCAGUAUUAAUUUUUCGGUCCAGCCUAAAGGGAAAAAAGCCUACGGUGACUGGUUAGCGAAAGAG